UCACCAGCGAGCACAAAGCCACAUUUCAAAAGAGACUGACAAAUCAUCCCCAGCUGCCAGAAGGAGAAAUCCUUUGUGGAAUCCUCCUGCUUCCUGUGGGUUGUCACCUGAUCAGCUGCAAAGAUGAAAAUUUUCAACUUGGUCGGAGGCAUGAUCUUCUUCACCUCUCUGUUUUCAGCCUGUUCUGGACAAAACCCCAUGACUGUGCUGUGUUCCAUAGACUGGUUCAUGGUCACGGUCCACCCCUUCAUGUUGAACAACGACGUCUAUGUACACUUUUAUGAGCUGCACUUGGGCCUGGGUUGCCCUGCCAACCACGUUCAGCCACACUUCUAUCAGUUCACCUACCGUGUUACCGAAUGUGGCAUCAGAAUCAAGGCCAUCUCUCAAGACAUGGUCAUCUACAGCACGGAGAUACACUACGCUUCGAAGGGGACCUCAUCUAAGUAUGUGAUCCCAGUGUCAUGCGCUGCCCCCCAACGGUCCCCAUGGCUCACUCUGCCUUCUUCCUUGAGAACAGAGAGCGACACCACGGCUGUAGCUCAGAAUGGCGACACAUGCUACAGGGUGUUCAGCUUGUCGCAGUCCAGUCAAAGGCCCAACUGUGACUGUCCACCUUGUGUCUUCAAUGAAGAGCGCACCCAGGCCUCACAUCACCAAGCAGAGGCUCAGGAGACCCAUCCUGUACGUUCAUCCUACUUUCUUGAUGUUUAUGAGGACUGGUGUCUUCCCUCAGAUGAUCUGAUUGAACCCAUGUGA